AUGGGGAAUAAGCCAGACAAGUUUGGCAUCAAAUUUUGGCUGGCUGCUGAUGUCGAGUCAAAAUACAUGUUGAACGGAGCUCCAUUUCUGGGGAAGGAUGAGACACGGGACAAAGGUCAGCUUGUGGGAGAGAGUGUGGUGCUGAGGUUGGCAGAGCCAUUCCUAGGGAAAGGGAGAAAUGUUACCACUGACAAUUACUUUACUUCCCUCAAACUGGCUACCACCUUACAGGGCAAGAAGACCAGCCUGCUUGGAACCGUGAGUAAAAUGAAGCGUGAGUUGCCCCCCUCUGCCAAAGAUCAAGCUGAGCUGUUCAGCACAAAGGUGCUGAAAUGUGGUGAUGCAACGCUCACCAUUUACCAGGGAAAGCCCAGGAAGAAUGUGUGCAUUUUGAGUACAGUGCACACAAGCGUAAGCAUCACAGAUGGGCCAAAGGCAAAGCCAGAGUCUGUGAUUUACUAUAACAACACCAAGUAUGGCGUUGAGGUCCUUGAUCAAAUGGCGAGGAAGUACUCUGUGAAAGCUUCCACAAGAAGGUGGCCAGUUGCAGUGUUUUAUAACAUCCUUGACCUGGCUGGGAUCAAUGCUCACAUCCUCUUCAAGGAGUGCACCAGCAGCCACAUAGCUAGGAGGAAGUUUAUCCAGCAACUGGCAGAGGAGCUGAGAGGACAGUUCAUGGAGGAGAAAAGAGUGCAUCAGUUGACCCAAGGACCCAGUCAGCAGAGGCAUCAGUCACCACAGCCGACACCAAAACGGAGGCAGUGCCAGAUCCGGAGGAGCUGCGCACAAAAUAAAACCAACCACACCUGCUGCAAAUGCCAAAAACCUGUGUGUGGAAAUUGCACGGGAAGAACAGAGGUCACUUGUGUUGACUGUGAUGCUUAA